AUGCACUUUAGUCGCCUCUGCUUCGUUUUACCAUCGGAAGGUGAUGGUAACCCACCAGUUGAUCACCACCAUAAACAACCGAAUACCAGACACAAACACCGGUCAUGUGGUAUUUACAUUCAUGAUCUCCUCCGGCGAGCUCUUCACCGGUUGAACGAUAAGAGACCGGAUUUUGAUUGUUGCGGUGGCUGCCGGAGACAACAGUCUAGUGUCUUUCACGAUACCCAAGGAGUCCAGUUUCCGAACGAAAAGGUUUUCGCCGGCCACAGUCCCAAGAUCUUUGGAUACUCCGAGCUUUACAUCGGCACCAAAGGGUUUAGCAAGGACGAGAUCCUCGGGAGCGGGGGGUUCGGGAGAGUGUACAGAGCGGUGUUGCCUAGUGAUGGAACCGUGGUCGCGGUGAAAUGUUUGGUGGAGACCGGUGAGAGGUUCGAAAAGACUUUUGCUGCGGAACUGGCAGCCGUGGCCCAUCUCCGCCACCGGAAUCUGGUUCCGUUACGUGGAUGGUGUGUCAACGAUGAUCAGCUCCUCCUGGUUUACGACUAUAUGCCGAACCGCAGCCUUGACCGGGUGCUUUUUGGGCGGGCCGCGGCAUUACUCGCCUGGGAACGGAGAGUGAAGAUCGUGAAGGGUCUAGCAGCAGCUCUAUUUUAUCUCCAUGAACAAUUGGAGGCUCAGAUCAUACACCGUGACGUGAAAACGAGCAAUGUGAUGCUCGAUUCCCGGUUCAAUGCGAGGCUCGGCGAUUUCGGGUUGGCUAGGUGGCUAGAACACGAACUUAAGUACCAAAUCAGGAUGCCAUCAUCGAAAACCCGUAAGUUCAAGGUGACGGAUACAUCACGGAUUGGCGGCACGAUUGGGUAUCUGUCGCCGGAGAGUUUCCAGAAACGAGGUGUUGCCACCGCAAAAUCCGAUGUUUUCAGCUUCGGCAUCGUGUUGCUGGAGAUUGCUUCUGGGAGAAAGGCGGUCGAUCUCGCAUUUCCGGACGAUCGGAUCAUUCUCCUUGACUGGAUCAGAGAAUUGGCCGAUGAUCAGCUGCUUUUACAAGCAGCUGAUCAUCGGUUGAGAGACGGAUCUUACAAACUUCAUGAUAUGGAGCAUUUGAUCCGUCUCGGGUUGCUAUGCACGCUCCAUGAUCCAGAAUCUCGACCCAAUAUGAGAUGGAUCGUGGACGCACUUUCCGGUAACAAUUGUGAGAAGAUUCCUGAUCUUCCUUCGUUCAAGUCCCACCCUCGGUACAUCUCCAUAUCUCCGCCAAUUAGUAGUAGUAAUAAUAGCAACACCGCUACUCCGCCAUCAACAAUCACCACCACCACCGUUGCUACCAUAUCCGUGAGCUCAACCGCCUUCAUCAGCGCCAAGGGAGAAAGCUUGUACGCAACCACAGAGCUUGGAUCCAGUGACGAUGGCAUGAUUUCGACUUCGACGUCGCAUUUGAGCCGCCGCCAAUCGAAAAUAUUUCCGAUGGUCCAACCACCGCGAGAGAUAAGCUACAAAGAGAUCAUUUCUGCCACAGACAAUUUCUCGGAUUCUAACCGGCUAGCAGAGGUCGACUUCGGAACGGCAUACUAUGGCGUUCUCGAUGACCACGACAUAAUUGUGAAGCGGCUCAGCAUGAAGACAUGCCCGGCACUGCGGGCGAGGUUCUCGAAUGAGCUCUCGAACUUGGGACGACUUUGCCACCGGAACCUCGUGCAACUCCACGGCUGGUGCACCGAACAAGGUGAGAUGCUCGUGGUCUACAACUACUCGGCUAACCGUGUCUUGGGUCAGCUCCUCUACCAUCACAACCAUCGAGCACCACAGUCACUCCUGCAAUGGGACCACCGAUACAACAUCGUGAAAUCACUUGCGGGUGCGAUUCAGUAUCUUCAUAAUGAAUGGGAAGAGCAGGUGAUUCACAGAAACAUCACCUCUUCCGCCAUCUGUAUUGAGCCCGACAUGAACCCGAGGCUUGGUUCAUUUGCCCUAGCAGAAUUUCUCACGAGAAAAGAACAUGACCAUCACGUCGAAAUCGACAAGAAAAGUUCAGUACACGGGAUUUUUGGGUAUAUGGCGCCAGAAUACAUGGGAUCAGGGGAAGCGACCCCGAUGGCGGAUGUUUACAGCUUCGGAGUGGUGGUCCUUGAGGUGGUGAGCGGACAGAUGGCGGUGGAUUUCCGGACUCCCGAUGUGUUAUUGGUGAAAAGGGUACACGAAUUCGAGACUCAGAAAAGGGACUACAAACAAUUGGUGGAUCCUAGACUAGGUGGAGAGUAUGAUCACAAAGAAAUGGUCAGGCUGGUGAAGUUAGCCAUCGCGUGCACACGGUCGAACCCAGAUUGUAGACCAACCAUGAGUCAGGUCGUUAGCAUACUCGAUGGUCGUGACAAAUGCCUCACGGAAAUAGGGAAAAAGAAGGAGAAUACCGAAGAAUGGAAAGAAAGGAACGCAUUAUCGCUGUCAUUAGUUAGGAGGGUUCAAGCAUUAGGAAUACAAUGACUUGGUAUCCACCUUAUUUUGCAGAUAUGUAUAGAAGUUUUGAACUUAAACAACCAUUUCAUGAAGUUAAAUGUUGCAUAUUAUAAACAUAUUCAAAUCAAUCUUAUAUUGUUA